AUGUCUGACAAUUCUGGACCCCAGGGAUCAAUGGAAAAGUCGGGUGCUGUGCCACCAGAGGGAGCCAUAGGAGUCAAUGACCAAACUGUGUGGGUUGAGGCAGUGGAUGCAGUCGUCGGCAACCAUGUCCGAAUUAUGUAUAAAAAUGCAAAAGCCAUCGGCAGUGGAUCGUUUGGAAUGGUGUUUGUUGCCCUUCUUAACGGUGAACAGGAGGUGGCUAUUAAGAAGGUGCUCCAGGACAAGCGUUAUAAGAAUCGAGAACUGCAAAUCCUGCGAGAACUUCGACAUCCCAAUAUAGUGUCGCUCCUCUACUUCUUCUAUUCUGUUGCCAAUUCAAAACCCAAGGAGACCUACCUUAACCUCGUACAGGAAUACAUUCCCCAGACCCUCAGCCGGGUCAUCAAACACUACGGCUACCUGCGGCAGUUAAUUCCGCUCUUCUACCUGUACAGCUUUCAACUGAUUCGCGGACUGGCCUAUGUGCACAACCGGAACAUUUGCCACCGUGAUAUUAAACCGCAAAAUCUGCUGGUCAACCCGGAGACCGGCGUCCUCAAGAUCUGCGACUUUGGGAGGUAA